AUGGACUACAAGUGUAUCAAAAAGGAACCUGUCUUGCCUUCAAUCUGCCUACUGAAUUUGAUUGAACGGUACCUCGGACUAUAUAUUGGCGACAAUGAUCACAAGCAGGCGUACUGGGUCGAAUAUAAACGUCCCGACUAUCAACACGGUCGCUGCGUACGAGCCAAAACGGGCAUGAAGCACCACCUGCAAGCCAUCGGUUGGUCUUCCAUUUGCGAACGAUAUAUAUUUAUGGUCAACGUCUUUCUCAACGUGCUUUGGCCUAUUUGCUGUGCUGUUCUUUCGUGUCUAACGGCUCACCUAUUCCUCAGGUAUUGGUAUAAGUGCUAUAAUCAUCUGAGGACUGCCGCAUCUGGUACACAAGUCCGUUCUUUUACCGUUCGAUCACACAUCGUCAUCAGAAAACUGUACUUUGUGAUCCUUUAUCCAGAACCUCAGUUGCGCAUCCUGUGCCGAUAUUCCAAUUCAAUCGUUCGAUUUGGAGUUAGCUUACUCUCCUCAUUGAUCGGCUUGCAAAACACUGCCUUAGUUUUCAGCGGUAUUAGCCCACUUUCCCGCGGUUCCGAAGAGUUUACGGUGGAUCAUGGGAUUGAACAGGCUAAGGUGGUGAUAUUAAGUGUUAAUAUCUCUGCGUUAGCCUUUAUAGUGACGCUUGUUGUCAACGAGUUCCCUACACUGGCACUUGACAGUGUGGGCGGGGCCUCACUGAGAAAACAUAUCGCCCGCCAUGAAGUAGAACUUGAUGCCAGGUUCAAGUUCUUGAAGCUGAAGUCUGCUAACCACCUAUAUGUAGCCACCCUUUUUUGUUCCAAUCCAGAAGGUGCAUGGGUGCUUAUGGGGACCAGCCAGAUCCGACAAUUCUUGAUAGGCCAGGGCCCAGAAUACAAAUACACUGUUUCAUAUUGGAGGGUUGGCCACUCGCAUUACAAUUGCCGCGCGUUCCAUCACGAGGACCGAAUCCAGGCUAGACGGUGA